GCAGAUACUGUUUUUUGGGCUCAUGCUUGCGUACUGGCACCUUUUAGUUCAUUAAUAUCAAAAAUUUUCUACUCGAAAAGUGAGGGGUCUGAAAAAAAGUGGUCUACGCAAUGUCCGUGUACUUUGACAUUCCCUGACAACAAUGUAGCAGGGAAUAACCUUUCAAGAUUUUGUGAGGAGUGCAUUCAAAAAGUCAUAGAUUUCAUUUACUGUGGGCAAAUAAAAGUGGAUCGAAAUCAUGCUGAACACGUCCAGUUUGUCGUUAAAUUCUUGGAAAUUGAAAAUCUACCUGUGCAUGGAUCCCUCCUUAAUGAGGAAAUUUUAAUGAACGAAGGAACCUUUCACAGUCAUAAUCUUCAAAAUGAUUCAAGGAAUAAAAGAAAAUUCUCUCCUGUCAGUUCCUCUGAAAGGUCCACAUUAAACUCAAAGCCAGGUAAAGCAGUCAGGCUCAAUUUUGAAAAUAUUUUAAGCGAAAAUAAUUCCCUGUGUUCCAAGAGUGAAGUGGUUCCAGAAACUUCAGCUGAAGUCUUAGGCAAGAUAAAUUCCAGUAGCUCAGAUGAACUGAUUAAAAGAGAUGGAAUUGUUGCUGUAUCAAGCCCUCUGCAAAACCCAGCAAAAGUAGAGGAAUUUUCAACAAAUUCAGUGAAUAAAGUAAAAACAGCGAAAAAGCGGAAAUCGAUUGCAAACCUUUUGUGUCUCCACUGCCCAUUUGAAGGCUCUUCUCCUUUUGAGUUGAUCAAUCACAAACUAGAAGCCACCCAUGAGGAAGAUGUUAAGUGUUUCCUCUGCAAUAGUAACCAUUCCAGCAAUGGAGAUCUUCUAACUCACUUGAAGAAACAUUUAGAAAAGCCUGCUGCUUCCUCAUCUGAUCAAAAUGAGAAAAGCUCUGUUUUCAAGUGUGAAAUUUGCAACAAAGAAUUUGGUUGGCGGCACAAUUUUCUGCGACAUCUUGACUCCCAUAUGUUACCUGACAAGAAAUGUUCCAGUUGCGACUUCGUUACUAACACUGAUCAAGCUUUGAAGUAUCACAUCAGGAAAAUGCACUCUGAUUUCUCUUUUGCAUGCAAUCAUGAGAAUUGCUCCUUCAAAACAAAGCGCAAAGGCAAUUUAAAAAAUCAUAUUUUAUCUGUCCAUAAAAAAACAAGGCUGUGCUGCUCUAACUGUGACAAAACCUUCAGCCAGAAAAAAAAUCUCCAGCGACACAUGAACCUUUACCAUAAUACACUGAGCACAAUUCAUCAUUGUUCCUUGUGCACUUAUGUGACACAUCGUGCAGACAAUCUUCAAAAACACAAGCUUUCAAUGCACAACAUUAAAGGAAUGCAAGGAUGGGACCUCCAGACAGAAGAAAGGGCCCCGGAGAAGCCUUUAAGUCCUGUAACCCUCAGUGUUAUUUCGCCACAAACUAGAAACGAGCAGUUCUCUCAAAAUCCCAUCGAUGUUAGCUUUUGCUUGAGCACAAGUAUUGCUGAUGGCUCCAACGGCUCUGGAACACCUCUUACAUUGAAUGUUGUUUCAUCACAGAACAGAGAUGAGCAAAGCUUCACUCAGAAACCUCUAGAUAUGAACUUUUGUUUGAGCACGAGUAUAUCAGGCAGCUCUAAUUUUUCCCCAGUUGUGAGCGUCUCAUGCAGUGACUUCACGGUGAAAAAUCCCUCUUUUAGUAGCCCCCAGCUCAGUCUUGGUCUCCAAGGAUGCAUUCCAGCUUAUACUCAAAAUGGAUCCAAUUUUUCUUUAAUUAGCACAGAAAGCAAGAACCAAAACAAGUCAGUGUCGCAAAUGAUCUCCCUUCCUGACAUAGAUUGCAACAAUACUGGCACCUUAUCUUUCAAUGAAACAGCAGGAACCCUGACAUAUCAUAAUUUGAACUCAGACUCAACAGGAGCCCUAAUUCUUAAUGAAACGACUGGCGAACUGACCUACAUCAAGCUUGUCCCCCAGACACCUCAGAUGCCGGUGCAUGAGUAUCCCAAUUUUCCAUGCUCUGAAUAUACCCUCCCCUGUACAAACUAUUCUCUCACAAAUGACACUGUAAUUCUGAAUGAAAGCACUGGUGAGCUUGAUUCGAUUAAACAGCAGGAAAUGUUGGAAUUCGACCGCGCUCUAGGAAGGUAUGACGAAGAUGCUGUGCUAUUUGACCCAGCAGAAGAAGAAGAGGAAGAAAAUGAGCUUUUGGAUUUCGACCCAGCAGACUUUAUGAAUGAGUCAAACUCAAACCCAGAAAUUCCGGUGCUGAAUGAGUGGACAGGAGAAAUCAACCUAUUGCCGAACAACUUCCUUGGUGGCCCAUUUUUGGAUGAGCAGACAGGGCAGUUGUCUGUUUUUGAUCUCUUUGAUAACGACGCAAUUUUUGACUGUCUGGAAGAGCCACCCUUGCCAAAUGUUAUUCUGAACGAAAACACCGGGGAGAUACUGCGUAACAAUAAAACAGAGACUGCUACAGAUUAUCGCCCCAAUGAAAUAUUGGCUGAAGCAAGUGAUUGUGCUGUGUUCUGUGAGGAUCUCACAUUAGACAAUGAUUGUGAAUAUUCGCUAAAUGAAGCCACUGGCCAAUUGUCUAUCGCGUGGCCAGAUGUGAGUGAGGACUCGAACAUUUCUUUCUUGUUGAAUGAACUGACUGGAGAGCUGAGUGUCAAAGGAGUGAAUGGAUAGAAAAAUGGUACCUCUCAUCCAUCAUCAUGUCAGGAAUGGUUCAAGUAGAAUUGUAGGGGAUUCUAUUUGAAGGAGUUCAUCAAUUUUUGAUAUCCAGAAAGACACCUCUGAAGUUAAACAUUUUAUGAAAAGCUUACAGUACAAAUGAACUCGAAUUUCAAUCUUUGAGGCUUGGAAAUCAUUUCCAGGAAGUGAGCGGUGGUGUUUUUAUUUAUUAUGUAUACCCUGAGAUUAGUGCUACUUAAGGAGACAAAUUUCUCAAAUUUAAAAAAUGUCAAAUGACUCCUAAAUUUCUGAUACCUCUCCUUUAAAGUCAAAGUUUAGCUGUUAUCAUCCUCGAAACUUUCACUGAUGAAGUUCCUAUUUUACUCUUCUUCACUGAGGUAUGAUCACAAUUUUCUUUCUGUGAAAAGAUUAGUACAUAACUCAGGAGGGUUCUGAGAAAAGGGUCCAUAAUAUACUUAGUCUAAAUUUGCUCAUUUUGCCAAGCAGUGGAUAUCUGGACGAAUGGCAGCAUUGAUCUUCGUCCAGAUGAGACAGACUGGAAAAAUGAAUGCAUUCAUGUCCUAUAUGCCCUUCUCCUAGAAUCCUCGUCCAUUUUUUUUGUAUCCAUUGAAAAAUGAAGUUGUCUUUGAGGAUUUUUUGGUUUAAAGUUUUGUAGCUUUUUCUGAGUAUGUUCUAGUCAUUGUCGUAAAAUGUAUGAAAACUUAAUUUCUAUUGUAAUACAUUAUUACUACGUACAUCAGAUUUUUAUCAAAGAAUUGAAUGAACCCUAUAGUGAUAGUGGCUGUUGAGAAAAGUUGUAGGUAAAAAACUCGUAAAUUUUAAGAGAAUUCAAAGUUUACUUCAAAACCACUCGAAAAUUAGGUACGUUAAAAAAUUCUUUAAAUAUUUCGUAUCAGGAAACUUUUUUCGAGGCUUUUUUUUUAAAUGAAGUUGAAGUAAAAUUUUAAAUAAAUUUUUUCAGGUGAAUUCUAAGUAAAUUUUACGAUUUUUUUUAUAAACUACCUGUGAGCAAAAAUGAGGGGAAAAAAACUGUUGAAUAGAAAAGUAUAAAAGGAAAAGUUGCAGCCCAUCAAAAUUAAGGAUCCAAGUAGUUUGUUGUUUUUUAUGUAAAUUCUACGUUUUCUUUUAAUUAAAAUAACACUAUUUUUUUAUUUAAACAAAUUCCCCCAAAGGGCUCCCUAAAACGAGUAUUUAAAAAAAUUUUACUUACAAUUUACAAGUUUUUUACAUUUUUUUGACAACUUUUUGUAGAAUUUUUUGUAAGAGCCACUAUUGCUACCAGGGUUCAUGUAUUUCUCAGCCAGCUAGUUGGAUUGCAUCUAGCAGUGGGAAACUAACGCAACCACAGUAUUUUCGUACCUAUCUGUACAAUUUUUUCUUUGGUUUAAAAAUACACAAUAAUUUAUGUACAGUGUUAUUCACACAGUCUUUUUCUUCUGAAAUUAUAACAUUUUUUGGGUAGGAAACAGAAAACUAUUUGCAACUCAAGGCAUUAUUUUUUUAAAGAAACAGAUGAAGAUGCAUAAUCUUGAGAACACGGCAAUUGCGUUGAUUUCUGUCAAAUGCAACCCAAUUGUCAAAAAUAAAUUUGACAGAUGAGGUUGAAAAUCAUAUUAAGCCCAAUUGAACUUGUGAACCUGCCAAUUGAGUUGGAAUUCCAAAGUCGUGGUUAUAAUUGUCUCAAUUAAUUGAAAAAGUCUUGAAGGUAGACAUGUUUUAUCUUCAAAAGUAGUGAGUACACAUGUAAGUAAUUGACAAAUGAAAAUUGCUUAACAGGAUUGAGAAAUGAAUCAUUGCAGCUAAAUUGGUUCGAUCCUUUUAUAACUCUAUACCUAAAUAUUCAUUUCUAAUGAAGAGAGAAAUAUUAUUUUUUGGGCAAAAUAUUAUUUGUUUUGUACUAGCCAUGAUGAUUGAGUAGAAAACUCGUAUGCUGUUACUAAAAUUUUCAUUGUUUCCUGUCCCUCUUGUGAAUGUCUUAAAGUCUUUUCUCCUUGUGCAUUGAGGUCAUUACGCAUUGCAACUCAUGCUGCAUCUAAUUGUUGAUUUUUAUAAUUUAAAUACAUAUUUCUUAAUUGACUGAAAA